GGAAAACGUUUUUAAAAGCUCCUAAAAAAAUUAAAAGAGAAAAUGAAAGCAUUUAAGAAAGUAGCCCACGGGUAGCUGAUUUAAGUAAAAACUAAAAAGAAAAGAAAGAGUACACUUCAGUCUUCAUCAUCUUUCCUUUGUGGUCAUCAAUGGUGUCACCAUCCUCCUCCUGGUUUUCUUCACUGCGUUCUUGUUCAAAAUGCUUCUACAACUCCAUCAAACUCAAUCUCCGAAGCUCUGCUUCCCACACCUAUACCAGGUGCUCAUUCAACGCACUACCUCCACUUCCGCCCGCCAUUAACGCUUUCAAUAGGAACACUAGUUCAUUCUCAUCCUGGUGGUCCAGCUCUCUGCUUCCCUUGGCUCUUGCAUUCUCAGCUGGAUCACUUUCCUUGGCAUCUGAUUCCAAUUCCUCACUUUGUGACACUCGAGGUGUCAGUUUGGGGGGCAAAGACAGCACCGACUUUGUGGUGAAAGGCUUGUACAAGAAAGUUCCAGAAGAGCUUAUUCAUGAAUUGAAGGCUAUAUGCCAAGAUAACAUGACAAUGGACUAUGAUGAGAGGUAUAGUCAUGGAAAACCACAACAUAGCUUCCACAAAGCCAUUAACAUCCCUGAUGUUGUUGUUUCUCCUAGUUCUGAAGAGGAAGUGUCCAAGAUAGUAAAGUUAUGUGAUAAGUAUAAGGUUCCUAUUGUACCAUAUGGUGGAGGCACUUCAGUUGAAGGACAUACCUUGUCACCUAAUGGAGGUGUUUGCAUUGACAUGUCAUUGAUGAAAAAAGUUAAAGCAUUACAUGUUGAGGACAUGGAUGUUGUUGUUGAACCUGGUAUUGGAUGGAUGGAGCUUAAUGAGUACCUGGAGCCUUAUGGUCUAUUCUUUCCCCUUGAUCCAGGGCCUGGGGCAACUAUCGGGGGAAUGUGUGCUACACGUUGCUCCGGUUCAUUAGCUGUCAGGUAUGGAACAAUGCGUGACAAUGUCAUUAGUCUUAAGGUAGUUCUUGCCAAUGGAGAUGUUGUCAAGACAGCAUCUCGUGCACGAAAGAGUGCUGCAGGGUAUGACUUGACUCGCCUGUUGAUUGGAAGUGAAGGAACUCUAGGUGUAAUAACAGAAGUCACUCUUAGGCUUCAGAAACUUCCGCAGCACUCAGUGGUUGCCAUGUGUAAUUUUCCUACUAUUAAGGAUGCAGCGGGUGUAGCUAUUGCUACUAUGCAUUCUGGUAUACAGGUAUCAAGGGUAGAGCUACUAGAUGAGGUUCAAAUCAAGGCUAUCAACAUUGCCAAUGGAAAGAAUUUGCCUGAAACUCCAACCUUAUUGUUUGAAUUCAUCGGCACAGAGGCUUAUGCUCGUGAGCAAACACAAAUCGUUCAGAAGAUUGCUUCCAAACACAAUGGCUCAGACUUUGUUUUUGCAGAAGACCCAAAAGCAAAAAAAGAACUUUGGAAGAUAAGAAAGGAGGCACUCUGGGCUUGUUUUGCAAUGGUACCAAAUUCUGAGGCAAUGGCUACGGAUGUAUGUGUUCCUCUUUCACACCUAGCAGAACUGAUAUCGGAGUCCAAAAAGGUGCUGGCUGCAUCGUCGUUGACCUGCACAGUCAUUGCUCAUGCUGGUGAUGGAAAUUUCCACACAGUUAUCCUUUUCGAUCCUGAAAAAGAAGACCAACGGCAAGAAGCAGAGAGAUUGAACCAUUUAAUGGUCAAUGCUGCUUUGGCAAUGGAAGGAACUUGUACCGGUGAACAUGGUGUUGGUACCGGGAAAAUGAAGUAUCUUGAGAAAGAACUAGGAGUAGAGGCUUUGAGGACCAUGAAAAGAAUCAAAGCAGCUUUAGAUCCCAACAAUAUCAUGAAUCCAGGAAAGCUCAUUCCUCCCCACAUUUGUUUCUAAGAUCUUCCUCUCUUUACAUGAAUCCAGGAAAGCUCAUUCAUGCAGUCCCUUUCUCCCCUUUCGACAUUACAUGAUAUGUAUUGUUGGUCUAGUGCAAUCUAGGUAGGUUCAUAAACCUUAUCACCAUUUUCACUUAGAAUAAAGAUUUACUAAAUUACCUGGAUCUCAGUAAUCAUUCCCUUUCGCACUUUACUCACUCCCAUUGAUGUGAAGAGUUAACUACUUGGAUAUGAGAAUGGAAUGUAAAUCUUUGUGCUUGGCUUUUAAUGGAUGAUUAUCUUCACUCA